AUGGACGAAAUGGAAAAUGGCAACAGGCGUACUGUGCGACAAGAAAGUCCACGUUCGACUGAAGUUGAAGAUCCACAAGACGUUUGUGCGUCCUGUUGUCCUUUGCGGACGCCAUUGCUGGCCGUCGACGCCUUGGAAAAAGUGUUGCACGCUAUGGACAUGCGUAUGUUGAGGUGGACGAUAGGUGUAACACUAAAAGACAAAGUAUCCAACGACACUGUACGCUCCAUCUUCAGAGUCGUCCCGAUAAAUGGAAAGAUGAAGGAGGCGCGACUGGGAUGGUUUGGUUGCGUCUUGCAGCGAGAGAAAAAUUCUGUUGCCAAAACCGCUCUGAAGCUCGAUGUUACACUCGUGACGCCACGCUGA